UUGUUCCGUUUAAAAUAAGGUUUGUUAAUAUUAAUAAGGCUGCACUCCCCCAUUCCGGACCUGCCUAAGCCUUAAAUCAAGCCAUAAAUGUGGGUCAUAAAUGACACCAUUCUCUCUCUUUUCAACUUCUGUAUGUCUGCAUCUACUAAUACUUUCCGACUUUAUUGAAUCACCUAUUGAUUGGUUAUCUGGUCUCGCCCGGAUAACCGAUAAGGUGAACAAUAUCGCCAGACCAAGUACCGGCUACGAUCAGACUAGGUUAGUACAUUCUAGCAGUUCUAACGACAUGGACGGUCACAAUUGGCUUCACUUCAGCCACGGCGCUAUCCCCCAGGCAGCCGUUGUUGCUGGCCACGAUUCCGAUGGCGAUACCAUCUACAUUGGCCGUGCCUUCUACUGCAACGAUAUGCUGCCAGCCAAGAUUAUUCCCAACAAGGGAAAGGCAUAUGUGGCCUAUGCCAACCAGGAAGUGGAGCUGGAGAACUAUGAGGUCCUGAGCGGCUCCAACUACGAGUGGCUGCCGGCGGAGAACGGCGAUGUGCCGGACGGAGCUGUGCGCGUGGGACAGAAUGUCGAUGGAGAGACGUUGUAUGCUGGAAGGGGCUACCAUUCCGGCAGCUUGACCGUGGGCAAGGUGCAUCCAUCCCACGGCUGCCUGUACAUUCCCUACGAUUCCGAGGAGGUGAAAAUCUUUGCCUACGAGGUGCUGUCGCGUCGCAUGGAGGCGAGAUAAGUGCUUCGGUUACUACCUGUUAAUCACAAAUAAAUUCAUUAACUUGUAGUGAGA